AUGCAGAUCAAGUGGUUUCAAUCUCCCCUACGUUACCCGCAAAACUGGCAGCUUGUUGGGGCACGCCGCCAAAACAACAGAGAGGAUGGCUAUUGGCUUGCCAACCAGCUUGCCAACUGGCAAAGGGCAUCGCUACUGGGAGCAAGGAACUUCAUUGAGCUGGCCACUCGCAUCAUGACGGGUUUGCCGGUUCGUUCGGCCAUCAUCCAGCCAAUGGACAUAGACUUCGUUGCUUGCAAGUGUCCGAUGUUCUCCUUUGGACGCCUGAAGAACUCCGACCCACGCCUGGGCGUGGAGAUGUCCUCCACUGGUGAAGUGGCAUGCUUUGGUGUGAACGCCCAUGAAGCCUUCCUGAAAGGCAUGGUGGCUGCGAACUUCAAGCUUCCACUGAAGAACAUCGUGAUCUCUAUUGGUCCCAACGGUGCCAAGCAAGAGUUCCUGAGCAGUGGUGCGGCAAAGCAGCUUCAGGACAUGGGCUUUAGCCUUUUCGCCACCAAAAGCACGCAUGAUGUUCUGUCCAAGCAAGGCUUUGCUUGCAGCCUGGUCUACAAGCCUUUGAUUAAGAGGGAACCCAACGUGUUGACCUUGCUCCAAGCUGGGAAGAUGGAUCUCGUGAUCAACGUCCCAGACUCCAUGGAUUCCAACGGCAUGACGGAUGGCUUCAAGAUGCGCCGAGGGGCGAUCGAGGCCGGCGUUCCACUGAUCACCGAUAUCAAGACGGCGAUCAUGGCCUGUGCCGCGAUGCACAAGAAGUGGCUCCGGGAAAGCAGUGGCAAAGAAUUCUGGGAUGUGUGCUCUUGGCAGGAGCAUGCGGAAAUCGUGGAAAGGCUCAAUUGA